AUGAAGCGGAUUGUGUUUCAUCUGCCCAAGCCCAAGCCUAUUCCCAAGCCGAACCCCGACUCUAAAUCCAGAUCCAAGGCCAAGGCCAAAUCCAAGGCCAAAUCCAAGGUCAAGUCCAAGUCCGAGGACGUCGAGAAUGGUUUACUCGGUGUCGCGGAGCUCUCUCAGCGAGAUGUCAUGUACAUGCUCACUCCAAAGCUCACCAGCCAAUCCAUGUACUUGGCACAGACGGAUGCAGUUCGCCUUCGAGAGCUCUGGCAGGAAGUCGAGCAUGCCAGGGUCACAAACAGCGACAAGUUGGCUGAAAUAACGAGUAACUACCACCACCACCACAUUGAGUAUCUUCAAUUGAUGCACCUGAUCCACGAGACGGCUAAGCUCAGGUCACCCCCAGAAAAGUUCUUCAACGGCUUCCAAGCUGUCCUCGCACACUACCUGCAUGGACCCGAAGCAGCUCUCCACACUGGCCUCUCUGAUGACUGGGUUAUGUUGCAUGGCCUGGAUCUACCAGACAUCUGGGUUCGAAAUGCCGCCGAGUAUAGAUGGGUAGAGUUUGUUCUCCAAAUGUUUGGAUCCAAAAUCAACCACGAUGGGGGCGUUACUUCAAUGGAGUACCCGAUCGGCGUCUUCUUCACCAUUGUUUACGCUGCCAUCAGCUGCGUCAUGGCCGCAUUUCUUGGUAUUCCUGUCGCUCUCCAAGCCCUCGAUGUGGCAUCACCCAAGGCCUACGUCGGAGCGUAUAUAGCGUUCUUGUUUGUGUUCAGCAUUAUUAUGCAGCUUUCCAUGCCGGGCUACGCGAUGCAGUUGGUGUUGAGUUUGGCAUACGCGGCCGUGCUUGUUGCCAACAUGAAGAAUUCUGAUGCAUGA